AUGGGUCGGAAGGUGACCGUGGCCACCUGCGCGCUCAACCAGUGGGCCCUGGACUUCGAGGGCAAUUUGCAAAGAAUUUUAAAGAGUAUUGAAAUUGCCAAAAACAAAGGAGCAAGGUACAGGCUCGGACCAGAACUGGAAAUCUGUGGCUAUGGAUGCUGGGAUCACUACCAUGAGUCAGACACGCUCUUGCACUCGCUCGAAGUCUUGGCGGCCCUGUUGGAAUCUCCAGUGACCCAGGAUAUCAUCUGUGACGUGGGCAUGCCCGUCAUGCACAGGAAUGUCCGCUACAACUGCAGGGUCAUCUUUCUCAACAGGAGGAUCCUGCUUAUGCGCCCCAAGAUGGCCUUGGCGAAUGCAGGCAACUACCAGGAGCUGCGCUGGUUCAGCCCGUGGGCCAGGAGCCGGCAGGUGGAAGAGUAUUUUCUCCCUCGGAUGAUACGGGACCUGACCCAGCAGGAGACUGUGCCCUUUGGGGACGCCGUGCUGGCCACCCUGGACACCUGCAUUGGGAGCGAGAUCUGCGAGGAGCUCUGGACACCCCACAGCCCGCAUGUGGACAUGGGUCUAGAUGGCGUGGAGAUCUUCACCAAUGCCUCGGGCAGUCACCACGUGCUGCGCAAAGCCCACGCCAGGGUAGACCUGGUAUCCAUGGCCACGACCAAGAACGGCGGCAUCUACCUGCUAGCCAACCAGAAGGGCUGUGACGGGGACCGGCUGUACUAUGACGGCUGCGCCACCAUCGCCAUGAAUGGCCGCAUGUUCGCCCAGGGCUCCCAGUUCUCCCUGGAUGACGUGGAAGUCCUCACAGCCACCUUGGACUUGGAGGAUGUCCGGAGCUACAGGGCAGAGAUCUCCUCCAGGAAUUUGGCGGCCAGCUGCGUGGACCCCUACCCUCGAGUGAAGGUGGACUUUGCGCUCUCGAGCCACGAUGACUUGCUGUUGCCGCUGUCCGAGCCCAUCGAGUGGACAUACCACAGCCCCGCCGAGGAGAUCAGCCUCGGGCCCGCCUGCUGGCUCUGGGACUUCCUGCGACGCAGCAAACAGGCGGGGUUCUUUCUGCCCCUGAGUGGUGGGGUGGACAGCGCAGCCACCGCCUGCAUCGUGUUCUCCAUGUGUCAUCAAGUGUGUGAGGCCAUCAGGAGUGGAAAUGAGCAAGUAUUGACUGAUGUCCGGGCCAUUGUGAGUGAGGCCAGCUACACCCCACAGGAUCCCCGAGACCUCUGUGGACGGCUGCUGACCACUUGCUACAUGGCCAGUGAAAACUCCUCCCAGGAGACCAGCAAGCGAGCCAGGGAGUUGGCCCAGCAGAUUGGAAGCCAUCACAUCGGUCUCAGCAUUGACACCGCCGUGCAGGCCAUUGUGGGCAUCUUCAGCCUGGUGACAGGGCUGCGGCCGCUGUUCGCUGCACACGGGGGCAGCAGCAGGGAAAACCUGGCUCUGCAGAACGUUCAGGCUCGGGUCAGGAUGGUGCUUGCCUACCUGUUCGCUCAGCUCAGCCCUUGGUCCCGGGGCGCACAUGGGAGCCUCCUUGUGCUUGGAUCUGCCAACGUGGAUGAGAGCCUCCUUGGCUACCUGACCAAGUAUGACUGCUCCAGUGCGGACAUCAACCCCAUUGGCGGCAUCAGCAAGACGGACCUGCGAGCCUUUGUCCAGCUCUGCGUGGAGCGCUUCCAGCUGCCCGCUCUGCACAGCAUCCUUGCUGCCCCGGCCACAGCUGAGUUGGAGCCCUUGACUGACGGACAAGUGUCCCAGACCGAUGAGGAUGACAUGGGGAUGACGUACGCCGAGCUCUCUGUCUACGGGCAGCUGCGGAAGGUCGCCAAGAUGGGGCCCUACAGCAUGUUCUGCAGACUCACCGACAUGUGGAGGGAUUUCUGCACCCCACGACAGGUGGCCGAGAAGGUCAAGAGGUUCUUCUCGAAGUACGCGAUAAACAGACACAAGAUGACCACGCUCACCCCCGCCUACCACGCCGAGAGCUACAGCCCUGACGACAACAGGUUUGACCUGCGCCCGUUUCUCUACAACACCCGCUGGCCCUGGCAGUUCCGGUGCCUAGACAGGCAGGUCCUACGGCUGGAGGGCCACGGGCAGCAGGACCUGGAUGGCGUGGACUGA